CACCUCCGGCGGGCAGCCCGCCUCCUGCCCGGCCUCCGCUGGCACCGGCACCGGCACGGAGGUGGCUGGGGGAGUGGAACCAAAAUACGACCAGUCUGUGUUAACAGAGCAGCUGCCGUCCCGGAUGGUGCUGUUAGUUGUGGGCUGGAAACCCCAGGAGCUGGAAACACGAGGUUAGUGUGGAUGGAGUUCACAAGAGAUGAACAUGAAAGACCAAACUAGAGGAUGCCUUUUGUAAGAGGAGCUUCGAAGAGCUAACUGUGAGGAUCGUAAACAAAUUAUAACUGUGGAGGGGGCACAAAGUGUUUCUUCAAAUUAAAACGUUCUUUCUCUUAAUUCUGCUCUAGAUCCUGGGCUGUAGUCAGAAGAAAUCUGGAGCAUCCACAUAAAAUAGUCCUGGAGGUGCACUGUAAGUAGAGGCCUACGAGUUUUACUUUUCAUGUACAACAGUAUUCAGCAUGUUGUUAUUCCGUCACAUGCUGGUUGGAGCUUUUCUUCCAUUCUUCGUCCUUUCAGGGAACUGGGUUUCAGCAAAGAACAUCAACUUCUACAAUGUGAGGCCUCCACUAGACCCCACUCCAUUUCCAAACAGUUUUAAGUGCUUUACCUGCGAUAAUGCGGUGGACAACUACAACUGUAACAGAUGGGCUGAAGAUAGAUGGUGUCCUGAAAGUACUCAGUACUGUCUGACAGUUCAUCUCUUCACAGACCAUGGGAAGAGUACAUCAGUCACCAAAAAAUGUGCUACUGGAGAGGAGUGCCAUUUUGUAGGCUGCCAUCAUCACAGAGAAAGCGGUCACACAGAAUGUGUUUCUUGCUGUGAAGGCAUGAUUUGCAACGUAGAAAUACCAACCAAUCACACAAAUGCAGUAUUUGCUGUCUUGCAUGCGCGGAGAACGUCGGAUGGCAGCAGGUGGACAGUCAACAUCGCAGUGCUUGUGUCAGUCAUGAUGAUUGCCUUGUCAUGAUGCAGCAUCCUCCUGUACGUGUGCUCGAGAGGGUUUGCCUUUUUGUGGGCUGGCAGAAAUGGUAAGAAGAUCCAUUAUGUGCCAGGAGAAACCACUGAUACUUCUCAACUACGUAAAAUGUAAGAGGACAGUGGGAAGACACGUGUACAUCGUGAUGUCCUUGGAUAUUUUAAUGAAGAUACUUCAAAUGGUCUGCAGUAUUUAAAAAAACAAACACAACAACAAAAAAAAAACA